AUGCAACCCGAGGUCCUCCUCCGGCAACCCGGCGUCCCCUUGACGCGUCCCGGGGUCCCUCGGGUGCAACUCGAGGUCCCCCUGACGCGCCCCGGCUCCCUCCUGACGCGCCUUGGCGUCCUCCUGCUAACCGAGCAGGACCGGGUGUUCGGUUCUCUGAGGAGGAACCGUUCCCUAUUGGAUAAUCAAUCAAAGACAUUAGCUUUGGACCCAACUGAAAGCUUAUUUCCAUCAUCUAACAAAAAGAACAUUUGCCAGAGCAGUGAGAAAAAUGAAGAAGACGUGCAUUGCUCGCAACAAGGUUAUUUCAUUUCAAGCCCACUCAAGACAGUGAAAGAAAACGGACAAUUGUCCUCUGCCGGUCAGAUAUCACCAUUUAAGUCAGCUGUGUCGUCCGGAUCCUUUUACAACAAAGAUAAGUGGUACCUCAACCCACUAGAGAGAAAGCUGUUGAGAGAGUUUGUAACGUCUCUAAAUAAGAAAGAUGAAUCUUUACCCAAUUUGACAGAAAAAGUACAGAGAAAAGCAGCCUGCUCCAAGAAAAGGAACAAAAAAACACAGAAGAGUUUAACUGCUAAAUAUCAACCACAUUAUAAAUGCAUGAAGCCUGUAUCAAAGAACUCAAAAAAUCCCAAGCCAAAUCGAGUGGCCUAUAAGCGGCUGGUGGAGGAAGAAAAUUGUUACUCAGUUGGAAGCAGUCUGAGUGCUCCUCCUCGAGUUCUAAGUCAAAAGGUCAAGCCACAAGUCACACUCCAGGGUGGGGCUGCAUUUUUUGUUAAAAGAAAAAAAUCCUCCCAUAGCAAUUUGCCCUUGGAAAAUAAAACCGAACUUACCCCAAAUAAGUCAAAAAUGAUUGGAGAUUCUGAUGUAAGGACUGUCAGUGAGAGAAAAUUUGGGUGCUUGAAGGAACUGAACAUGGAGCUGCUGGAUGCAAAAAAUGAAAAUAAAGAGACAGUAAUAAAGGUAACAAGUGGGCUACUACCUUCAAAGGAAUGUAAAUCUGAUGAAAAGUGUUUUUCUUCAGAAGAUUCUGUCAGUAAGAAUAAACCAGUUUCUUCUGAGCCCACUGUCUACCCGAUCUUCGGCAUGUCCUCAACCCAUCCAAAAAGACCAAUAGUUGAAGAACAAUCUGUGGGAUCCAUAUCUACUAACAUCUUGAAACAGAUCAGUACCCAGAAAAGUACUAAUAACAAAGAUACGAAUAAAGAAGUGAAGGACCAGCUCAUAAUUGACGCGGGCCAGAAACAUUUUGGGACCACCGUGUGUAAGGCUUGUGGCAUGAUCUAUACAGCGUCCAAUCCCGAAGACGAGCUGCAGCAUGCUCAGUACCACCACAGGUUCCUGGAUGGAGUCAAGUUUACAGGCUGGAAGAAGGAACGCGUUGUGGCUGAGUUUUGGGACGGGAAGAUAAUUCUGGUGCUCCCACGUGACCCAAGUUAUGCCCUUAGAAAGGUAGAAGAUGUUCAAGAACUUGUUGAUAGUGAACUGGGCUUCCAUCAAGUUGUUCCCAAACAACCAAACAAAACCAAAACCCUCCUCUACGUCUCGGAUGAGAAGAAAGUGGUCGGGUGUUUGAUCGCGGAGCCCAUCACACAGGCCUUCCGUGUCCUGUCUGAACCCACGAGCCCAGGCUCUCAAGACUGUCAGAGGGCUUGGCAGUGUUCUGAUGUACCAGAACCGGCAGUCUGUGGCAUAAGUAGAAUUUGGGUCUUCAGACUGCAAAGAAGAAAGCGCAUUGCAAGGCGGCUGGUAGAUACUCUCAGGAAUUGUUUCACGUUCGGCUGUUUUCUCAGCACUAAUGAAAUAGCAUUUUCUGACCCGACACAAGAUGGGAAAUUAUUUGCAACCAAGUACUGCAACACCCCUAAUUUCCUUGUGUAUAAUUUUAAUAAUUAAAGCAAUUUCCACUGGUGGA